UGUGAGAGGAUGCGACCGACCGCCGCCGAGCUCUCUCCUCAGCCGCCUCGAGCCACUGCCUUCUGCUCUCUCCUCUUCAGCUAUCACCACAUGCAGUCCCCUUGUAGAAGCGUAUGGCACAUGAUGAUCCCGGUCAACUCCACUCCUUCAUCUACAAUCCAGCGAUCAAACGCUUGGUGGGUUGUGACAUGUGCGGUCGUAUGAGGCUCAUGUGCGAAGAUACAGCUCCAGAACAUGAAGGCUGCUCGACGCAAAGCCAAAGACCGACGUAUUAUAUAUCGAGUCCGUGGACUGUGGCAUUCAACAAGGAAGUCAUCAUCACCAUGGCCGAGAGGGAGUGCGGGAGAAGGAGACCGACGGAUGCCGCCGCCCAGUGCAUGCCGAGGCUGUGGCGCAAGAGCACGGCCGCCACGCCGGGGUCGCUCCUAGAGCGUUUCCGCGUGGUGGUGUUCAAGCUCAUCAUGCUGUCCGCCAUGUCCAAAAGCGUGCGCACGAGCCGGGAACGGACGCCGCCCGGCGGCAGUGGCUGUCAGCGCCAUCAUUCCGACUCGUACCGGAGCGAGGCGGUGGAGGACUGCAUCGAGUUCUUUAAGAGGUCGGCUGAGGGGGCCAAGAGCUCCGGCGUCGGGGACGAGGAAUUGGAGAUUGGCUUCGCUUCGUUGCCAGUCAUGUAAAGUGUGGGUGCGUCGUCUCUUUUGCUUUUGCUGCUAGUUUAAGCAGGUGAACUCGACUGGUUGGUUGUCUGAGCUCGUGGUUCCUGCAACAGUGUAUAAUACUGGGGUUGUAGAUAGUUCAUGCACACUGCUGCUGUAAUUCUAGUCUGCAGUUCUACUUGUGUUUGAUCGCAAGCUACACUUGCCAUUGAACCAUCUGAUGCAUCGCAUGAGGUCAGUGCACCGGCAAAUGGCAUU